AUGAAAGUCCAUUGCCUUCUUAACCCACUCUCUCUCCUUUAUUUUAACACACUGUUCUUGAUUAUGCAAACCCAACUCUUCUUUUGCUCUACCACACCAAUGCUGACCACAAAAAGAUCAGCAACAACAAAUCUGGUUUUGCCACUGAAAACCCAAGAAAUCCCAUCUGGGUCCUUCUCAACACACCCAAACAAGCUUCCCUUCCACCACAAUGUCACCCUCACCGUUUCUCUCUCUGUCGGUACGCCUCCACAGAAUGUUACCAUGGUUAUCGACACAGGGAGUGAGCUCUCUUGGCUUCACUGCAACACCACCCGGUUGACGCCACCCACAUUCGACCCAACUCGAUCAUCAUAUUACUCACCCAUCAAUUGUUCAUCACCCACUUGCACCACCCGAACCCGGGACUUCUCCAUACCCGCUUCUUGUGACUCCAACAAUCUCUGCCAUGUGGUUCUCUCCUACGCCGACGCAUCAUCUUCUGAAGGAAAUUUAGCAUCUGAUACGUUCAAUAUCGGAGGAUCCGAAAUUCCGGGUACUAUAUUUGGGUGCAUGGAUUCGGGUUUUAGUAGUAACUUGGAGGAAGACUCCAAGACUACCGGGUUAAUGGGCAUGAACCGUGGGUCUCUCUCUUUCGUUUCUCAAAUGAAUUUUUCCAAAUUUUCUUACUGCAUUUCAAGUUUGGAUUUUUCGGGUGUUCUCUUACUCGGCGACUCGAAUUUCACAUGGCUGAUGCCAUUGAAUUACACCCCAUUGAUUCAAAUUUCUACUCCAUUGCCUUACUUUGAUCGGGUCGCAUAUACCGUUCAACUUGAAGGAAUUAAAGUUUCGGAUAAAUUGUUGCCAGUACCAAAAUCCAUAUUUGAGCCGGACCAUACUGGGGCGGGUCAGACCAUGGUUGACUCAGGUACCCAAUUCACCUUCCUUCUUGGCCCGGCUUACACUGCUUUGAGAAACGAGUUCUUGAGCCAAACCAUUGGGGUCUUACGAGUCUUGGAUGACCCGAAUUUUGUUUUCCAAGGGGCAAUGGAUUUAUGUUAUCGGGUUGCUUUAAAUCAAACAAGCUUGGCAUCAUUGCCCCCGGUGAACUUAGUGUUUCGGGGCGCUGAGAUGACAGUUUCGGGUGAUCGGUUACUAUAUCGGGUCGCGGGUGAAAUUAGGGGGAAUGAUUCAGUGUACUGCUUCACAUUUGGGAACUCUGACCUAUUGGGUAUCGAGGCCUAUGUGAUUGGUCAUCAUCAUCAACAAAACGUGUGGAUGGAGUAUGAUCUUGAGAAAUCAAGGAUUGGUCUUGCUCAAAUACGAUGUGACUUGGCUGCUCAGAGAUUUGGUCUCUAUCACUAG